AAAUUCGGCAUGCAGAUCCUGAAGACAAAGCCUUUUUUUACGAGAUGCGUAGCUGCCGACUCCUGAAGACUAAGUGCGGCAAGGGAAGCGGCGAAGAAGACUGUGAGGAAAGCUAAGCCAGCACCCAACAUGGAUAUUCAUUCCCCUGACGCCUCAGAAGCAUGGCCCGCGGCGAGUAACGCGUUUCAAAUUCCCUCGCUUUUCGCUAUAAUUAUCUCAGUUAUGGCGUUAUUCUUCUCUGCAUCCUGGCUCUCCUUCCUUCGCCGCCGUCGCGCCCUCCCCCCCGGCCCUUCCCCAUGGCCCAUCCUCGGUAACCUUCCGGACCUGGGCUUUCUGCCGUACCGCUCCCUCGCGAAGCUGGCGGACAGGUUCGGUUCGAUCCUGACCGUGUGGCUCGGGUCCAUUCCGUCCGUGAUUAUAACUUCGCCGGAGCUGGCUCGCGAAGUGCUUAAAACGCAGGAUAAAUUCUGCUCUUCACGCCCGCUCUUACGCCUUCUCGCAUUCAUAACGCACGAUGGAAACGACAUGGUUUUUUCGCCGUCUAACGACCAUUGGCGAAUGCAGCGACGCCUGGCGACGCUGCACCUCCUAUCGCCGCGGGCCUUACAGGCCACUCUGCCCGUGCGCGAGCAGGAGAUCCGCGACAUGCUCGACGCGAUAGCGGAGGAUGCCAGUAACGCGGACGCGAGAGGCGUGGAAGUGCGAGGGUAUUUGAACCGCGCGACGCUGAACAACAUUCUGCGGCUGACCGUCGGGAAGCGUUACAGCUACAGCACCAUCCAUCGCGCCGCCGCCGCCGCGCCAGGGGAGAUGCUCGAAGCGGCAAUCAAGACCGACUGGCAGGGCCGGAUCGCCGCGAUUAGCGCCGUUGGCGGCGCGAAAUCCGGCGAGUCUGCAGACGAUUCCUCGCGGCGACCUUCGCCGGGAUUUGCGGCGGCUGGGGCGGCUCCGACGGAGGGGGACGAGAUGGAAGGCGAGAAGGUGAUAGCGAUGAUCGACGAGACGUUUAAAGUCAUGGGGACGUUCAACCUGGCGGAUUUCAUCCCGUGGCUGAGCCACGUGGACUCGCAGCGCAUCUACGCGCGCGCGAAGCGGCUCAAGCCGCACAUUGAAGGGUUCGUGCUGGCGUGCAUUGAGGAGAGAAGCCGGAUGCUGAAGCGGCGGACUCCGCGGAAGGGGGGAGAGGAUGAAUCGCGGGAACGAGUGCUGGUGGAUGCAUUGCUGGAGAUGGAAGGCGACGAGGGGGAUAGGGUAACCGGAGUGGAUAGGGUAACCAGAAAGGAUAUCAUGCUGCUUUGCCUGGAUUUACUGAAUGCUGGCACUGACACCACUGCUAAGACCGUUGAGUGGGCCCUAGCUGAGCUGGCAAGUCAACCUGGCAUGCUGGAACGUCUGCAAGCUGAGGUGGAUGCAGCGUACGCCAAGUUAGCGUCUAAGUUGGCACCACCGGAAGCAGUCACAGAAAUAGAAGCAGCAGCAGCAGCAGCAGCAGCAGCAGAAGAAGUACCUACUGGAAACCAGGGAGCUGAACUGGCAUCGCUCCCUGUACAAGACAUGCCUUACCUUCAGGCUGUGAUUAAGGAAACUCUCAGGCACCACCCACCAGUACCACUCCUCAUCCCUCACAUGACAACCACCAGGGUUACAAUCGGCGGUUACACCAUUCCCCCAAACACAAUCAUUCAGAUCAACGGCUGGGGUCUCGCUCACAAUCCAACGGUCUGGAAAGACCCCCAUGAUUUUGAUCCCAGCAGGUUUCUUGGCCCAUCUGCCCCUGAUGUUACUGGGAUGCAUUUUGGCGUGCUGCCCUUUGGUUCGGGCAGGCGUGGGUGUGUGGGGAUGAAUCUGGGUCUGGAUUUAUCUGCCCGUAUGCUAGCAAACUUUCUUCACCGGUUUGAUUUGAAGCUCCCCCAAGAUCUGGUUGCCUCUGGUGGGGUAGACCUGGGGGAGGAGUUUAGUCUCACCAUGGCAUUGGCUAAGCCGCUGCGAGUUGUGUUGAAAGAGAGGUGAGGGGAGGGACCGCAGACUGUAGUGUUAAGGGUGCAGCAGAAACCAAGGCAUUGGCAGGUUGUGCUUUGGGAGAGGAGAUCAGGGCGUGGUACUAUGGCAAAACAGGGUUAAGUUGCUCAGCAGUGGAGUGGAUUUCUUGAAAUGUGGGAGCCCAUGGUUUUAAUACUAUCACCCCACCCCACUACCGUAUUUGCCCGCAUUUAAGACCCUGAAAA